AUGUUAAAUGAGGCACUUUUAGAUAUUUUAUUCGCUUAAUUUGAAGAUGUCAAUGAAAUGAAUUAAAGAGAUAAGAGUAGUUUAGAUUUAAAUUUUGCAAUGCGAUAUUUCAAAGACAUUUUAGACUGUGAUGCAUUAAUUGCAGGAUUUAGACCUUAAGGAUAAUUUGAGGAAACAAGUGAUGAUGAAGAAGAAGAAGAAGAAGCAAGUGAAGUAGAGUAAAAGAGAAUUGGAUAAAGGUAGAAUCUUAAAAUCAAUGAACCUAAUUUAUAGAAUAUUACAUUGCCUCCUGAUAUGGAUUAAAAUUAAUAUUUGAGAAACAAUUCUUAAUUAAGAACAUUUUUACGUCAAAUUGAUUUAAGAAAUAGUUUAUCAUCUGGAUAAACUAAUAAUACUCGUUAAUCAUAAAAUGUUAAGUAUCCUGUAUAUGCAUUUUCUGAUUUUUAUUAUGCUGCAAGUGAAGAUGUUAAAAUGAUAUAUGAUAAAGUAAUAAAUGACAUUCUCUACAAAUAUAAGAAAAGUAAAUCCUUUGAUAGUGAUUACUAUGAUUCUUUGAUGUAGAAUUUUUAAGUUUUGACUGAUUAAUAAAUAAGAGAACAUUUAUAAUUAAAUAAGGAUUCAGAGAUUAUCUUAGAUUCUUUUAAAAAAUAGAAAUGUUUAAAGAGUUUAGAGAAAAGAUUAUCUCUCUAUACAAAGUUAUAAAAUGAGAGUAAAGAUAAUUAUACAAUCUUAUGUUAAGAGGAAAUAGUUGAUAAUCCUUAUGGAAUGAUUCAAAGUUUUUAGAAUCCUCUUUUAACAGCUAAAUACUUUUAGGAAUUAAAUGAAUUAAUCAAUAAAAAACAUAAGAAAAUAAAAUUAGAGGAAGGUAUAAAUUAUAAAAAAGAAAUUUAAGAGAGAAUGAAAAAUUAUGUUUAAAAUCCUACUAAUGAUAAUAAUGUAUAUCCUGUAGAAGAGAACGGAGAAUUUUAAUAAUAAAUCUAAAUAGAUUAGGAUCCAAAAAAAAAUUAAAUGGAAUUAGAAAUUUUGAUUAGAUAAAAAGAUAGUGAAAAUUUGAAGAGGUUCUUUACAAAUAAAUUCAAAUUAUUUGAGAAUGAAUAAUAAGAACUUUUAAAUACAGAAAUUCAAAAUUAAAAAUAAUAAAGGAUUUUAAAUAAAGAAUCUUUUUUGUAUUAAUGUCCAUAAUAAGAUAUUAAUGCAUUAAAAUGUUAAGCAUAGAUUGAUGAACCAGGAAUGGGAUUAAUGCAAAGAAUUUAAUAAUAAUUAGAAGAUGAAAAGAAAUUGAAUGAAUAAUAAAAUUAGUAAAAUUAAUAACCUGAUGAAAGUUAUAAAUAAGUGGAAAUUGAUAAGAAGGAAUAAGAAUUUUAAAAGGCUUUAGAUAAUUAUUCUUUUUAUAAUAAAGAGAUUGUUGAAUUCUGCAUGGGUCAUAAGGAUAAUUUCUUAUCUAAAUCAUUUUAAGCAUAUAAUAGAGUAGAAAUUGAUCUAUAAAAUCGAUAAUUUUUUAGUGAGAAAUUGGAAGUUUUAUUGCAUUAAAAGAAGUUUCCUGAGAAAAUAGGAACACAAUAACAAUUAGCUAAUAGAUUGGCUGCUCCAUCUAUAGUUUCAAGAUAAAAAGAUAAUAGAAGUGCUGUAUCUCAUGUGAAUUUAUUGAGUGUUGAAGAUUAAUAAGAGUCUUAUGAUUUAUCAUAGUUUGAAGAUGGAAUUCAAUAACAAUAAGAUUUUAAUUAAUAAUUUGGUAAUGAAGAUGGAGGAAAUAAAGAAUUAUUAAAUUUGAUUGAAUCUAAAAUGAAAGCAUUUUAAACAACACCAUUCUAUAAUCAUUCUUAAGUAGCAGAAUCAUUUCUUUUAAAUGAUUUUUCUUAAGUUUUAACAAAACAUGCAAGAUAUCAUAGAAAUAAUAUUGUUGAUAAUUUAUAUGAAGAGAAAAGAGAAUUUUUAGGAUUAGAAAGAGAAUAAGUCAAAUAUUUUGAUCCAUGGACUACAGAAUUGGUUCCUUUAGUAAAUAUAAAGGAAUAAAAGAAGGAUAAUAGAGAGAUAUUACUUGAAGAAUCUACUGAGAAAUAGAAUAGUCAUGAAUAUUAUAAAUAAGUAGAAAACUUAUCAUUAUCAAAAGGUAAUUUUAUAUUGAUGGAAUAUAUUGAAUAAAGACCAUUAUUAUUAAAUAAUACUGGAAUGUGUUCUAAAGUAACUAGGUAUGUUUAUCCUAGUAGAGCAUUACUACAAUUUAAUUAAAAAAGAAUUAAAGAUGAAGGUGACAACUAUAAUAACUUUUAAGAAAAUAGUCUUUAAGGAACAUAUAAAAGUACUUAUGGUUAAAUGGGAUAGAUUUCAAAUGAGGAAAUGACUCUUUGGGAAUUCAAAAAUAUGUUAGUUGAAUAAUUAGGUAAUAUUGGUUAAAUUCGAUUUCUUGAUAAGAAUGGAACUAUUCCACUUCAGGGAUAACUUACAGAUGAACGAUUUAUAGGUAUAGCAGUUAUAGAAAAUGAACUUUAUAGAGCACCUAUUUUUAAAUAGAAAUUACCUAUCACUGAUUUCUUAUUAGUUAGAACUAGAGUUGAUAAUUGUCAUUAUAAAUAUACACUUAGACCUAUAGAUUGUAUUUACUUAGUUGGUUAAAUUGAACCAAAAGUAGAAAUAUUCACUCCUCAUUCAAGACCUUUGGGAACAUUUUUAAAGAAUUGUUUAAAAACUUAUAUUAAGAAACAAUUUAAGAUGGAUUAGGAAGUCAAAUAAGAUGAAUUAGAAUAAAUAUUCUAAAAAUAAAGUCAUACUAAUAUUAGAUCUGCAUUGAAAGAAUGUAAAGGUAUAUAGGAUUCCUCUAAUCAAAAAACUUGGAGAUAUCAAAAAGGUAGUAAUGAUGAUAUCUAAGUUCUUAAAUAUGACAUAACUGCAAAUUAAGUAUGUUUAUAUGAAUCUAUGUUACAUUCUUCUUAUUUAUUAUAAGAAUUUGGUUUGAGAGAACUUAAGAAUAGUGAUAAGAUGAAGAAAACUCUUUAAGAAUAUUUAUCAAGAAAUCCUUAAGAUUUUAAUAGUUGGGUUAUUGCUAGAAGGAUUGAAGAUGAAUUAAAUAUGACUGCAUGGUCUUUAUCUUAAUCAUUUCUACAUUCAGCUAAUUAAACAGGAAGAAUGUUAUUAUAUGGAAUAGGAGAUCCUACAUCUGGACAUGGAGGUUUGAAUUAUAUUAAGAAACCACUUAAAGCUAGAGGUGAGAAAGGUUAGAAUGCUAUUUAAGAGAAGAAACCUUAAGUAAUGGGUACUGAAAAUGAUUUACGUAAAUUACAUGUAGAAGACAUUUAAAAUAUAUCUCGAAAAUUAGGAUUGACGGUAUAUAUUAAUUUAUCAUUAUUAAGACUGAACCAAAUUUAAAGAGAUGGAGAAUGAUUAAUAAGUUAACAGCAUUUCUAUAAUAAUCUUAGAAUCCAGAUGAUAAGGAAAGUAGAGAUGCUGUAAUGUUUAGAAAGAAUUUAGAAUUAUUAGAUGAAAAAUAGAGAAAGUAAUUGAAUGUCAUUGAAAAGUAUGCUAAAAAUUAGAGAUAGACAACUAAAAAAUAAAAAGAAUAGUAUUAGAAAGAAUUAGAUAAAUAAUUAGCAAAAUUGAUUUAAAAUCUUACUAUCAAAGUAUAGGGAAAAUAUUUUGAAGAUUUUGAAGAAGUAAAGAAGAAAAGAACAAAAAGAGAUUUAGAUAAGGAUGAUAAGAAUAAGGAUUUAGAAUAUAAUGAUGAAGAUAUUAAGCCAUUUUUAAUUGUAGAUUAAGAGAAUUAUAAAUUAAGAAUAGAGGCUUUUUAAAAGAAAGAGAAGAAGAUAUGGUUAGAGAAAAAGAAGAAGAAGGGAUUAUAAUGA